CUUCCGUCGCGUACAGCAACGUCACUGUGAAUCAUCGCAAUGCCACAACUUCCUGUUUUCUAUCCACAUACUCUUAAGUGAAUAAUGGCUGAAUUAAACCGACAGCUCCAGGAAUAUUUGGCUCAAUCUAAAAGCGGCGCGAAGACGAUAUCACAGUCCAGUUCCAGCACUGCAAUAGACAUCGAUGAAGCCACUUCGCUGCCGGGGAGCUGGUUUGGCAGGUGGUCGAGUCCGUUCUCUGGAUCCAGCGGCCGUGGAGCGUCAUCAGGCCAAGGCUCGAGCAGCGGGUUCUCGUGGCCGUGGUCAUCGGAGCCUGACCCUUGUUUGCCGGGCAUGAGUCGAUCCCAGCGACUGAUCGCGUUCGGAACGUGUAUUUUCUUCUCUGCUCUGUGCUUUGGACUGUCUGCACUUUACGCUCCUUUACUCAUACUGAAGGCGCGUAGGUUCGCUCUGCUGUGGUCGCUUGGAUCCGUGUUCGCGCUCCUCGGAGCGGCGAUCCUCCGCGGACCCAGUAAACUCAUUGCAACUCCCACACCGGGAGCCGCGGUGUACCUGUGCGCUCUGGUGGGCACUCUGUAUUCGGCGCUUAGCCUUCACAGCACGCUGCUCACAGCUCUAGGAGCUUGCCUUCAGAUCGCUGCUAUUGUGGGUUACAUCGUGGCUUUAUUACCGGGUGGGAGUGCCGGGAUGAGGUUUGUGGGUGGCAUGGCAGCGUCUGCUAUUAAAAGAACUGUGACCGGUAAGGCCAUGCCUAUAUGAUCAGGCAUUUCACGGACUGGGCAACAGACUUUUUUUUUUUUUUUUAUCAUGGAAGAUACGGUUUUCGCACUUUUUUUUUUUUUUUUUUUUUGAGUGACUGGUCUGGUACUGUCAUGUUUGAUUAUGAAACUUUGGCUGUAAACUAUACUGAGUUCAGCGUGAACAGCAUUCUGUGGAUGGGCAUAAAUGUUUUGUGACUUGCACUGUGACAGGGACCACAUGUAUGACCAAGACAUCAAAUACUAACCUUUUAAUGUUUCUGAUCUGCUCUUGAAACUUAAUUUUUAGUAAAUAAACUUAAACAGCUUAC